AUGAGUGGCGAGCGCAUCGGCGCCGGCGGCUUCGGCUUCGUCUACCGCGCGGCGAGCAAAGCGUCGGGGCAGCAUGUGGCCGUCAAGGCCGUGCCCAAGCUGGACCUUAAGCGCGCGCCCUCCACAGCCCCAGAACAGCUGGGGCAGAUGCGGAGGCGGGAUGCUCAGCGCCUCAACGAGGAGAUCUUGAUCAUGAGGAUGCUUGACCACCCCAACAUCGUCCAGCUGUUCGAGACGUUUGAGGAUGAGGGCAACGUGUACUUGGUCAUGGAGCUGUGCAGCGGUGGCGAGCUCUUAGGUUACAUCCUGAAUUCGGGAUUUCACACCGAGUCGCUGGCUGCCAGCAUCAUGAGCCAGGUCUUCCAGGCGGUGAAGUACAUGCACUCGGUGCGUGUGUGCCACCGGGACCUGAAGCACAGCAACACCUUGCUGCUCAGCCAGGCUCCAUUUCGGGAAAACUGUGUGAAGAUCGUGGACUUUGGCCUCGCCUGUCGUUUUGAGCCCCACGAGCCCAUGCGGCAGUGCGCGGGUACGGCGAUUUAUGUGGCUCCCCAGGUCUUGGAAUGCAAGUACUACCACCACGUGGAUUUGUGGAGUUGUGGUGUCCUGUUGUACAUCCUGUUGUGUGGAUAUCCACCCUUCCGUGGCGACACCGACGCGGCAAUCAUGACAGCGAUCCGGAGGGGCAACUACUCCUUUCCAUCCUCAGACUGGUCGUUUGUGUCCGAGGAUGCGAAGUCAUUGAUCCGAUCUCUCUUGAAGAUGAAGGUCAAGGAGCGGAUUACUGUGGAGAACGCGCUGCAGCACAGAUGGAUCAAGGAGCCCAAGGGAGAGGAGAUCCUCAGCAAAGCGCUGGAGCGGAUGCGGCGAUUUAUCGCGCACCAGCAAAAAACCCAAGACCUGAAUCCAGAGCAGGACGCUGGCAGUCCUCUUGGGGAAGGCCUUGGAACCAUGGGCUCUCAGUCUUCCAUCGCCACGCGCAUCCCUCAAGCCGGGGGCUUUUGGUUCAAAGAUCUGCAGAACCAGUGGGCCGCUCUGACAGCUGCUGUAGGCUCUGUGAUGAGCGGCUCCAAGAAGGCGGGGGUUGCGCCUUUGCCGGAGGCGCAGGACUUGGCACCAAUCGGCAAGUUGCUGGAGAAGGAGUUGAGCCCAAGCCAAUGUUUCCGGCACAAGCAUGUGGAAGAGGAGAUGAGCCCCAGCGCAGUCUUCAAGAAGAAGCACGUGGAGGAGAUUGUGCCUGAAUUCGCCGCUGCCAAUGCAGUGUUGGAGGAGGAUCCAUUGCACAACUUUGACAGCCCAAAGAACAAGGAGCUCAUUGUGGACGGCCCUUACAAGGCAGUGCCGCUAUGUUCCCUGCAGCCAGGCAAAGCCUUAGUCCACCUUUGCAGCAGCGAGAAGCCGAUUUGCGCGCCCGCCUUGGACGAUGACUUGCCGCCUCCGCCCUCCCCGCCGGACUCACCAAGGGAGAAUGACGGCGACGAGUCAAGGGCAUAUGUGGGCCAGCAACUGGAGUUCUACUCCAAGACAGCCCAGAGAUGGCUGCCAUGCGAGGUCAUCAAUGUGCGCAGCGACUCGGCCAUCAUGGUCAACGUGAAGCCCAACACAUGGCUUACGCUGGAGGACCAGAAGGCGCGCAUCCGCUCUCCGCUCCGGCGCAGUUUCAGCGCCAAAAGCAUGCAGGACGCUGCUGCAGUAGAGGUCCACGACAUCGAUGACUUGACUUCGUCGCAGAGCCCAAGUUUGACGCUGGGCCAAGCCGUGGAAUACUUCUCCGCCUCGGCGAACCGCUGGAUCCCCUGCCGCGUGACCAACAUCGACGCGGCGAAGUCCAUCCAGGUCGACGUGAAGCCGGGAUGUUGGAUCCCUGUGCAUUACCAGAAGCAGCACAUCCGGCCUGUGGAGGCGCAAGGGGGCCGCUCAGAGGUGCCGCGGAGCCUGGCAGAUGUGGAGCUGGAGUACUACUCCUUGAACCUGUCAGCCUGGAUCCCCUGCGCCAUCCUGGAACAGGAUGCAGAGACUGGCAGCAUUGUCAUAGAUGCCCUUCCAUAUGCCUGGAUCACCCCAGCGCAGCAGGCCACUUACCUACGUGCUGCAGCGGCGGUGCGGCUGAGAGUGCCGCUGAUCGGGGACAAGGUGGUCUACUUCUCCGGGUCUCACAAGCGAUGGCUCCCGACCAUCAUCACAGACGUGGGGGACGGGGACGAGGUGGAGUUGGAGAUCAAGCCUGGGGUUUGGAUUUGCAGAGAAGCCCAGAACAAGCUUUUGCGCUGGUGCUCCAGCCAGCUGUGA